UCUAAUAAUUUUAUUUAUUUAUUUUUUAUUUUUUAUUUUUUUUUGGGUUAGGGUUAGAGUUUCUAUCAGUGACCAAUGGAACAAUCGCUGUUGACUGGCGACCAAAUUUACCUAAGAAGAAAGAGAUCGCUUCUCGUGUUUUAGAUCCGAAGAUUUUGCAGAGCAUUUCGCAGAUUUUUCGUUUUCAAGAUUCGCAUUUUCAGCGAUGAACCAUUUCCGAGUGUUUUUGUAGAAAAUUAUUGUUAUUUUUGGAAUUGUAUUUAUGCGUUUGCAGAUUUGUCAUCCGAUGUUGAUGAUAAGAAUCAUUCCUUGUUUUUUGUUUUUAAAAUUUUAUUUUUUUUGUAAGAAAAUGUGAAUUUGGUUGAAAAAGGAGUACAUUGAUUUUGGAGAUUCUUUGGGGAAUCUGAUUUUCUGAGCAAAAACGAGUCAUUGAUUUGAAGAUUCAUUUUGAAAUUUGGUUUUCUGCGCUAAGGUUGAUCUGAGUUUGGUUGAAAACGAAAACGAGAUUGUUUGAUUUUGAAGAUUCCUUAUGAAAUCUGGUUUUCUGAGCAUAAAGUGGUCUUAAUUUGAUUGGAAAAGAAUUAUUGAUUUUGAAGAUUCGUUGAAAUUUUGAUUUUCCGACCAAAAAGUGAUCGGAAUCUGAUUGAAUAGGAGUCCUUGAUUUUGAUCUGAAUUUGUUUGAGAAAAUAGAUUGAUUUUGAUUUCUUACAAAAAAAAAAAAAAAGUGAUCUAAUUUGAUUGGAAAAGAGUUAACUGGUUCUGAAGAUUCACUGCAAAAUCUGAUUUUCCUGCGAAAGUGAGCGGUGAAUUGAAUCUGAGUCUCAGUACAAACACCUGGUUGAUGCAAUCAAUAUAACUGAAUUGGAGAUUUUGUUGGUGAGAUGAGUGCAAGCGAACCUGUGAAGCUGGAUGAUGAGCAGCUAGGGGAGCUGCGAGAAAUUUUCCGAUCAUUUGAUCGGAACAAUGAUGGGAGUUUGACCCAGCUUGAGCUUGGAUCACUGCUUAGGUCACUGGGUCUGAAACCCAGUGAGGAUCAACUCGAUUCAUUGAUCCAAAAGGCGGAUAGAAACAGCAACGGCCUAAUUGAGUUUUCAGAGUUUGUGGCACUGGUGGAGCCGGAGCUGAUUCCGGCAAAGUGUCCAUACAAUGAGGAGCAGUUGAGGAUGAUUUUUCGGAUGUUUGAUAGGGAUGAUAAGGGGUACAUCACGGCUGCAGAGCUGGCCCACUCCAUGGCCAAGUUGGGCCAUGCGCUCACUGCGAAUGAGCUGACAGGGAUGAUCAAAGAGGCUGACACCGACGGUGAUGGCUGCAUUAACUUUCAGGAGUUUUCUCAGGCUAUAACAUCUGCAGCUUUUGACAAUUUGUGGGGUUGAAGGUGCUGGCAUAGUCUGGUGACAGGAUAUCGCUUUGGAAUCUCUGGGGGGAGCAUAUGCUGCUGUCCCCCUAAAGGCCGUCAUGGUAACGUGGGAGCUAUCCCUAUUACACAGCUUUGCCAGUCCAAAAUCAGCCAAUUUUGGAGGUAAAAAGCUCGUCAAGAAGAACAUUCUCAGGUUGUAUAUCACACUGAAUAAACACGCUCCAUGCAGGUAUGCAAUUCCUUUUGCUGUUCCGAUUGCUGUUUUUUGCUGCUUCCCCCAUUCAAUUGCCUGAUUCUCACCAAACAAGAGCCUGUUCAGUGAGCCAUUCUCCACAUACUCAUAAGGGCUCACAUGGUUGAGUCAAAACAGAAACCAUGGAGCCUAACUAGGUUGAUAUGGUAUGUUCCUUCAGUGGUGGCAACCUCAGCCAUGAACUGCUCUUUGAUGUUCUUAGAUAAAUUAUUGUUGACCACUUUGACAGCCACCCACAAACCAUUGUUUUGACCUGUGAGUCUUAAGGUUAUGUUUGGUUCAAGGAAAAUAAUAAGGAAAAAAAAAACAUAUUAAGGAAAAUGAUUUUUUUAUUAUACUAUGAAAAAUUAAUUAGAAACUUAUACAUUUUCAAAUUAUUUAAUCUUUAUAUUACCAUUUUUUAUACUUGUGAAGUCUUAUAUAAGAGUUGUACCGUAUCAGCGGCAGUGAUCGACUACUCAAGCAGCCGUUGAAGGUACAAAGUAUAUAGCAUGCAUCUAUUGGGAGAGCGACAACGACCUCGACAAAGUACAAUGAGAAUACCUUGGGCUAACAUUUGAGGAGGGUUUGAAUAGAGACUCUGAUCAAAGAAGUUGAGUAGAUGCGAAAAAACACGCAUAAGAGACAAUGCAAGGGAGUUUCUGAUUGUGGGUCACUGUCUUUCAUCUUUUCAUGGAAGGAUAUGGACAGAAAUAUUAUGAUAAAGAUUGUGAAGGCAAUCGACAAUAAGAAGAUAGAAACAAGGCCAUGCAUAUAUACGACUUUUCUACCAUAGACUUGGGAGUCCAAGUCCACUGCAUUAUGCAUUUCAAAAUUCUAAAGGGUUCGUUUUUCCUCUAAUUGGGGCAGUUUCACAGAAGCAAAGCAAAUGAUACCAAUUUUGGGUAGUAAGUCCAAGUCUCUGAAAUCUGUCAUCCCUCAUAACUUUGAUAAGUGCCAGUUUUUGCCAAUAAGAUGCGGUUGCCUUCUUCAAAUGCAGGCAACCCAUGUUGACUUA